AGUCGGAUAGCUCAGUACUCACUCCACGAGAUUCACUUGUCUAAGAAGCAAUGGCAGCUAAGUUGGUUGUAGUACUCGCCCUGGUGGCCGUGGCCCACUGCUCAGUGGUGCCAGUAGCGCGAGCAGACGCCGACUACACGAGCUUCGCAUACGACGUGGCGGAUCCCUACACUGGCGACUUCAAGAGCCAGGUCGAGACCCGCGUCGGCGGCAACGUUCAAGGACAGUACUCGCUCCUCGAGUCCGACGGCACCAAGCGUACCGUGGACUACACAGCCGAUGACGUGAACGGUUUCAACGCUGUCGUACGCAAGGACCCCGCUGUUGUUGCCACACCCGUGGUAGCUGCUGCUCCCGCUGUAGCCGCUGUUGCCCCAGCUGUUGUUGCUGCACGCACCAUCGCCACACCUGCCGUUGUCGCCUCUGCUCCUGCUGUUGUUGCGGCUCGUACAUAUGCCGCUCCUGCUGUCUACGCUGCCGCUGCCCCAGCGGUUGUAGCCUCUCGUACCUACACCCCUGCAGUGUACGCUGCCUCAGCGCCUACAGUCGUGGCUGCCCGUCAAUACGCUGGUCAUUCAGUAUACGCUGCCUCAGCUCCCGCUGUAGUAUCUGCUCACACUUACUCCUCUCCCACCGUGUACGCUGCCUCUGCUCCUCUUGUAGCCACCCGUACCUACUCCUCACCCGCAAUCUAUGCUGCCUCUGCUCCCGCUCUUAUCGGCGCUCGCACUUACGCCUCUCCCUACUACGCGUCUCCAUACUACGCGAGCUAUGGCGUGCACUCCACCCCCAUCAACUACUGGUAAAUAACGACAAAGCCUUCAUAAGGUGACUUAGUUUUAGACUUAUUCGAAACUGCCUUGUAAAUAAUAAUAUUUUUUUACAUAUAUGUAUCUAUGUAUUAAAUUAAACGACCUCUUUAUAUACA